CUCUGAUAGUACAGAGCUCGCUGGAUGCCGGCAGAGUCCCGGCAACGGCUGCCUGGAGACGGAGGCUUGUGCUGCCGGAUUAUACACCAGGACUGCCGGAGUAAAUGGUUCUGGUCACCGCCAGCGACAGGUCUCGAACCCGUGAGAUGCAUGUGAUGGUGGACGACGGUUUCUACUGCCUUGCGGUCCAUCAUUAGUGAUGCCCCAUUUGAUGACAACUCUACAUCAAGAUGCAUGUUAUGAACUGUGUAUCCCUGGUCAAUGAUAAGGAGAUUGGUGAUUGCACUGUGGUCAUUAGUGACUUCAUGCUUGAUGACCGAUUAAGUGCUGCACCUGAAACGCCACCACCACCUCCUCCUCCUCCUCCUCCACCUCCACCUCCUCCACCACUUCCCUUUCAGAAUCAUGACUCUCACCAAGGGCCGCCGCCGCCACCUCCCCUACCUGGUGCCCCCCCACCUCCUCCUUUUCUACAUAACGGUAUUUAUGGACAUGGCAGUAACAACAGAAAAAAGAGAAUGAGGAGCUUUUUCUGGAAAACCAUCCCUGAAGAGAAAGUCAAGGGUAAAACCAACAUCUGGACUUUAGCUGCUAGACAGCAUCAGUACCAAAUUGACACAAAGACAAUCGAAGAAUUGUUUGGGCAACAAGAGGAUGGAAAGCCAGGAGUCUUCAAGAGAACUGGGAGCUCUAGGUUGUCUUUCCGUGAGCUGAAAGAUGAGGUUUCUCUUCUGGAUUCCAAACGAAGCAUGAAUAUUGGGAUAUUCUUGAAACAGUUUAAAAAGUCUGGGGAACAUGUCAUUGAAGAUAUCCAUACGGGGAAGUGUGAUUUGUACGACUCUGAAGCCCUUCAGGAACUUCUGAAGUUGUCUCCAGAGCCAGAGGAGGUGAAGAAGUUGAAAGCCUUCAGCGGGGAAAUAACGAAAUUAUCCCUGGCAGAUUCCUUUAUGUACAUGCUGAUACAGGUGCCAAAUUAUUACUUGCGAAUAGAAGCAAUGGUGCUGAAGAAAGAAUUUUCACCUUCUUGCUCCUCUUUGAAUCAGGAUAUGGUGAUAAUCCGAUUAGCCACAAAAGAACUAAUGUCAUGCGAGCAGCUACACGCCAUCCUGUACUUGGUCCUGCAAGCGGGGAACAUCAUGAAUGCAGGUGGAUAUGCUGGCAAUGCUGUUGGUUUUAAAUUGUCAUCGCUGCUCAGGAUGGCAGACACAAAGGCGAAUAAACCUGGGAUGAAUCUGUUACAUUUUGUGGCUCUGGAAGCCCAGAAGAAAGAUUCAGAAUUACUUACAUUUUCUGAGAAACUGCAACAUGUAAAUGAAGCAGCGAGGUUGUCUACAGAAAACAUGGAGGCAGAGUUCCAUGUACUAUUAACAAAGACGAAAUCCCUCAAAGAACAGAUCAAGAAGGAUGCAGAGUUGUCACAGCAAAUGGACCAGUUUCUUCAGAAUGCUGUGAAAGACUUGAAAGAGCUGGAGAAGCAGAAGAUGGAGCUGCAAAAGGAAGGGAACACUUUAAUAGACUUCUUCUGUGAAGACAAAGAAACCAUGAAACUUGAUGAAUGUUUUCAGAUCUUUCGUGAUUUUUGUGAAAAGUUUAACAAAGCUGUAAAGGAAAAUAAAGAGAGGGAAAUUCAAGCUUUGCGACAGCAGAAGAGACAGAAGGACAUGGAACUGAAAGGCGCACCUCGAUCUUUGGAGAAUGGAGGGUUUGGAAGAAGUAGCAGUGAAAAUGAUGUGGAGUUGUUAACAAAAAAAGGACUUGAAGACGUUUUGCCGUUUCUGCAACAAAGACCCCAAAGUCCUUUAAGCAGAAACAGUAGCACAAGGCGGUCCCGGCUGUCGCUAGCAGUUACAGCAGAUCGAGAACUGCAGAUGUACUUGGAAGCACCACAGGAUGGUCAAGCCAACAAAUUUAACAGUCUGCCCCGAUCUCAUUCUCACCAUCCAAGACCCACAGUUGCAUGGAUAGAAACCAAGGAGAAAAAUAAUCAGAACAUGAACAAUAUUGACUUCAGUAAGAUUGAAGCCGUUCAAAGCCCACAAUCAUUGCCUACUGUACUUAUAAGUUUGGAAGAUGAGGUGCCUGACCACACUGCCAUUUCUAACUUGCAUUACAUACAGGAUAAAAUAGACAGAAAUAACAACCAACAGCCAAGCUGCCAGAAUACGAUGGAAAGCCAGCGCAAAAAGGCACCAUUAAGUCCCUUAACAGUCACAGUAGAAGAACGAGGGCUGGUUAAAAAGUUGCAAAAAUUUGGUCUCCAGCAAUCUCUGACAGAAAACUCUGAUUAUACAUGUAUCACAAGCUUAGAACCAAGUGAUGAGCUCAACUUGGGUUCCUUUAGCAGUGUAGAUGACAAUAAUAUGGCACUAGAUAAAACUACCAAAGACCAGCCAUUUAUUUCAUUAAGUACCUCAGAGGAAACAACUGAUACAACUGAAGCUCAUUUAGACAAUGCCGGCACUCCUAUGUCACAAAGCACAUGUAUUUCUGAUAAACAAGAGCACAUGCCACUGUUUUACGUUGAAGAUGCUACAGAUUAUUCUUUAACACAGGACUGUUCUGAAAUCCAAGAUGUGUAUGAGAAAGUAAAUGAAAAUGUGCAGAUUGUUGAUUCGGAAGGUGGAGCUGGACCUAAUUCAUCUGCUUCUGAUCAAUCUGAAAAAUCAGAACCUGGUAAUAGAAAGAGCAGUAUUUCCAAGGAGAAUGCCUUGAAAAGUAAAGACCCUAAGGACCCCAAGAGGCAAAACUCCUUAAAAGAAAGAAUCCCAAGCGUUACAAAGGCAACUGUUACUCGCCCAAGUAACAGUGUCAAUGCUAAACCUGUUCGUAUGUUGAAUGACUCUGAGCAUGUCACAAUGAGGAAAGUUGUACCCAUUUCUAAAACCAACAGACCUGGAAGUAUAAAACGUACAGAACUCGGGAGCUCAAUUCGGGAUGAAAUAAAAUCAGAUGACCUAAAACAGACGCAACGUCAGUUUCUUCGAGCAAAAUCUGAUAAUACUCAAAAGUCUUCCCCUAAGUCUAAUACUACUACUACUAUUGAGGAGUCCAAGUUUCAAAGAAGAGCAAGUUUGACUUCUAACAGUGCACGUUUUCAGAGGGACCAAAUUCAGAGGAAAAGUUCUAUCAAAAAACCAGCUGCAAAGCCAGUUAGAAAUAUUAGUAAGCCAAAGCCUGAUGAAACCAAGAUCUGUCGGACAAGUCAGACACCAGAUUCACCAACUGCAGAAGUAAGCAAGCCUUCAGCUACAAGCAAUAAUCUGAGAACUUCAUCUACUCCAAGUUUUGCCAGGAACACGAUAGCCUCAUCUUCCCGCCGUGCAAAGACAGAAGCUCCUCCUCCUCCUACCCCAACAAAAACUUCAUCAAUAACUAGGUCAACAUCUUUGCGCCAAUCUAAAGGAAAGUCUGAACCAGUAAGUAGAGAUUCUACCCCCAAAGAAAAUAAUAGUGCUGGUACCUUCAAAAGGACCAAUAGCAUUAGGGCAAAUGGGAAGGUGACAGAAGCUACUAGCAAUGGCAAACUUGAGACUUCCCAAAAAGAAAGGAAUAUAGUUGAAAGGUCUUCUUUGAAAAUUAAGGACACAGGAAAAACAACCCUAGGGAAAAUACUGAAGCCUUUACUGAAGUAGGUGUUUAUUUAGAGUCUCUGUCCGACAACCCCUAUUUGGGUGAAUUUAAUAAAGUAAGUGUUUUUUCAGGUAGCUGUUUCCUUUGACAAGCUGUGCUCAAAAGCAGUGCAGAGGUUUUUUUUCUUUUCUAUAGACGAUAACUGUUGGGACUAUUAACCACCAUGUGCAUUAUGAAGCCUCAUGAAGGAAUUUGUGUCUUUGAGCUGGGCUGAAAGAGUGCUUAUCUGAGAAUCUGUAUCUGCAGUAAUCACUUCCAGAAAACAGACUUUUGGGGGGAAUUGUUCUAUAGAACAAGCAGGACUCUAAUCAGCAUUUUUCACUUUCCAAAGGUACAAGCUAAUAAUUGACUUUCUAUGGCUGGCUGCUUCCAGCUAAACGAGUACUUGAUCUUGCUGCCAUUGGCUUGACAAGGGGGCUCUGCUGGGUAGAGUCUUCUAAAUGACUGGCUUUUAUAGCAGAGACUGGCACAAGUGUUUCACUACCAUACAAGUCAAUACGAGGGUGACUCGUCAGUGCUGUUACAUACAAAGCUAUCUACUUUGAUGAACACAGAAGUGCCAUUGUAUUUAUAAUGCAUCUGAAUGGUGUCAUCUCUCUGUAUUUAACACCUGUUGACAGCACCUCAACCAUUCAGUGUGUACUCACUGUGAUUCUAGCCUUUAGUGUUCACAUGUCAAACCUGCUGCUAGGCUUAAUCAUGUUAGUUUUGACAUAAGUCUAUUAUUACUCUUCUGCUAAAUGUUGGUCAAGUGGGACGUGCAUUUAAGAAUUUUGAUUCUAUUCUGAUAACCUGUUUCGGUUUAGGCUUUGCACCCACUGGGUCUUACAACAUACAGCAGCUACUUUUUAAAGGGAUUGUCCACCUUUUAGAUAUUUUUUUUGGUCAGGUCAUCUGUAUCAUGGUCAGGUCAUCGAUAUCUAAAAGGUGGACAAGCCCAUAGGUAUCCUCAACGAAGUGUAAAAUGAAGUGAUAGUAUUGUUCGUGCUGUCCCAAAUGAACUCUUAAAGUACCAAACUGACUUUUUUCCCAACACAGGCUGAGCCUUUAUUUUCUGAAAAACACUAAUAUGUAGAUCUCAUGAUUCCCCGGUUCUUGAACAUUUGUACUUAUAAUUGGACGGUUUAUAUGGAGGCGGGGGAAAACAAUAAAAUUAUAUAAUCGCUUAUCUUCAUCGAUCGUACCACUGUUAACGAUUUAUAAAAUAAUGCCGUUUAUGGCAACAACUAUAAAAUAGGCACAGCUGCUUGGUACAUGGCUUUGGCAGAUAUGUCGCUAAAAAAACAUUCUCUCAUCAUCCAAUAGGGUAGUAAGGGCUUUCCAUGCAUCAUCACACAGCUAUGAAAUGGGACACCUAAGUGCCACUAUUCUGCAAUCCUCCAGGGUGAAGCCAUAUGGAGUUGGACAUCUGUUCUAGGAUGCCUCAUCCACAAUUCAUAACGGAGUAUGUACACCAUAUUAUUGAUCACCAAAGUAUCAUCAAUUGAGGAGGUAAUGAUGGAUUAGCAAUCCAGAAUGUCAACCUCAGCCACUCUGCUACACAGGAACAUAUAAUAUACAACUAGGAUCAUGCUGGAUUAAUGUGGAGGCCCAUAUAACGUG